AUGAUUCCUACAAGAUGCCAUGAGCUCAGCGGCUCUCGUCCUCCGUCGCUUAAACUCACAGGAGAAUCCCAUUCCAUCAAGAAAACGACUUCGUUCAACGUCGUCAAACAGUCACGGCGACAUGGACGUGCAGCUCCCGUAGUCAUCUACGCGCACUCUCCAAAGGUGAUCCACACGCGUGCUGAAAACUUUAUGGCCUUGGUUCAGCGGCUCACGGGUCUCGAAGAGAUUAGAAGGCGGAACCCUAACGACGUCAACGAAUCAUCGUUGUCUGUGUUAACCACGGAAGAGGUCAGUGUCGGUACUGAUGACACAAGUUGGGAGAGACAUCAACAAAGGAAAACCCUAGCUGAUAUUCCAUUGUAUACGCCGAGCUCGAUGGCCUUGUUUGGUUCUCCAACUCAACGUCUUUAA